AUGCAUCUCCAACCCAUUGACAAUACUGAAAUCGAGCCAUUCACCAGCGCCAUGGACGACCCCCACAUCACCAUCCUCCCAGAGGGCCAGCAGUCCCAAGAGACCUUUGACGACGUCUGGGGCUCUGAGCCCGGCUCGCCGAACCACCACGCCGGCCACAACAACUUUGCCCAAGAUGCGGCAAGCGCAGCACCCAUGGGGACGCACCCGGGCGACAUGCCGCGCCUGCAGGCCGAGCACACCAAUGCCGGCUACCGCGAGGGCAUCUCCGCCGCCAAAGCCCACAGCAUCCAGGCGGGCUUCGACGAGGGCUUCAGCCUCGGCGCCGAGGUCGGCUCACUCGCGGGCCAGAUUGUCGGCCUUUUUGAGGGCAUCGCCGCCGCACUAGACGGCCACGGCCACGAUGAGGAUGCUUCAAAGAAGGCCCGCCAAACGUUGGACGAGGCCAAGGCGGAGCUCAAGAUUGACUCCAUCUUUGGACCGGCGUACUGGAACACCGACGGGACCUGGAAGUUUGACGUCGAGGGCGGCACCAAUGGUGGUGACGACGAAAUCCUAUUCGCGGACGUGGCUCGUGCCCACCCCCUCAUUCGCAAAUGGCAAAAGGUGGCCGACGCCGAGAUUGAGCAAUGGGGCAUCCUCCUCGAGGCCAUUGGCGACGCGCAGGACCACGAGAGGCAGCCGAGCCCGGAGCGGGCACCCAGCUCCGCGGUGCCGCAGACCAAGAAACCUCUCGACUGGUGA